AUGGCAGAUCAAAUCACAGACCCUCAGGACGGCAAUUCGCCCUCUGCCCACGACGACAGCAUUGCCCCCGAACAGAGAGGCAUCAAGAGACAGCGCACCUCCAACGCUGCGCCCGCCGACGACGAUGACGACGACGACGACAAGCCCGGUCGCGAGAGAAGAAAGAUUGAGAUCAAGUUCAUCCAGGACAAGUCGCGUCGUCACAUCACCUUCUCCAAGAGAAAGGCCGGCAUCAUGAAGAAGGCCUACGAACUGUCCGUCCUCACUGGCACCCAAGUCCUUCUGCUCGUUGUUUCCGAGACUGGUCUCGUCUAUACCUUCACCACUCCCAAGCUCCAGCCUCUGGUGACCAAGGCCGAGGGCAAGAACUUGAUCCAGGCAUGUCUCAACGCCCCCGAGCCCGCCGACUCGAACGGUGUCGACGGUGAAUCCACUGUCGAGUCUCCCGAGGACACACACGCCAAUGUCCCCGCUCCCGCAGCCGGCAUGCAACCUCGUGCUGCUGGCAUGCCCCCAAACCAAUACGCCAUGACACCCGACCAGCAGCAAGCUCUGCACUACCAGGCAUAUCUCCAGCAGCAGCAGUCCGGUGCCUAUCCCAUGUCUGGUGCCCCCAUCCCUGGUCGUCACCCUGGACACCAAUAG